GAGAAAAAUCAGCAGAAAAUGGCCUCUUUGAGAGCUGUUCUCCUCCUGGUAAUCGCCGCCGUCCUGCUGGCGUGGGUAACCGCGGUGUCUGACCGCCCCUGCCCGGAGCACUGCGAGUGUCAGCAGGGCACCCUGAUCGUGAACUGCAGCCGCCUGAGCCUGACCUCCGUACCGCCCGGCCUCCCCGCCAACGUGCAGCAGCUCAUCCUGGAGAACAACGACAUCGCUAAGGUCUCAAGGAGCGACUUCCAAGGGCUCAAGUCUCUCCAGUUCUUAGACCUGAGCUCUAACCAGUUAAGCAGCCACGGUAUCCCAGAAGGCGCGUUUGAUGAUCUCCCCUCCCUCCGGACUCUGGACCUGUCUGGUAACAGGAAGUUUGUCGAUAUUCCCGCGUCCCUACCAUCACAGCUGACGACCCUGUACUUCAUAGAGAACAGUCUAACCCACGUCAGGAAGGACGCCUUCACAAACUUGACUGAUCUGAUUUAUCUGGACAUUUCCUACAACGGGGUGGAGAGCAUCGCGCCAGGUGCGUUUCAGAACCUGUCAAACCUGGCCGUAUUUUACUGUGACUUCAACAAACUUAAAGACAACGGCGUUCCUCCAAGUGUCUUCAAGCCUGCCGGUAAACUGUCUAUCCUGGGCCUGAGGUUUAACCAGCUGACCCGCGUGCCCGGAGACCUCCCUCCGGGUCUGGAACACUUGGAUCUGGUCGGGAACAAGAUCGUAGAGCUCCCCUCCCGAGUCUUCUCCAACCUCACCGAGCUGCAGACGCUGGAGAUCUGGCAGCAGCCCUCCCUCACCACCAUCGCUGACGACGCUUUCGACGGCCUGGGAAAACUGCAGAUCCUGGACGCUACCUCAACGGGACUAAACAAGGUCACUAACCGCACGUUCACCGGUCUGGUGGGGGCCUGGGAGGUUUACAUGUCGCUGAACAAGAUCCCGGCGAUCCCGGCUGGAGCGUUUCACGACAUGAAGAACCUGUCCUCCCUGUGGCUGGACGCGAACCUCAUCACCACGCUCUCUCCGGAGGUUCUGGACACUAGGAUUCUGCCCCGCUUGUCGGAAGUUUUCCUGUGGGGGAACCCGUGGACGUGUGACUGUCACCUCCGCUGGCUGAAGGAACACAUCGAUAACAACACAGCCCCAACUAUUGACUCUCCCCACCUUAAUGUGUGCAACGCGCCGCCUAAACUCAAGGGGCGGGCCUUUGAUACGCUUUCACCAAAGGACUUUGUGUGUGGUUGAUAUCAAUGAUAGGGCACAACAAAAUGUCGAUUUUUUUACUUAUAACUUACGAACAGCAAAUGUUCUAUAUGCUCUAUGCGAUAUUACAUGUACUUGAUAUUUGUUGAAUAAAUAUACUAGGCUAGGUUACGGAUCGUUCUAUGGCGCACGACCUGGACUAUCCGUGUAAUGUAAUUAAGGCAUUUCCUAAUAAAUACAUGACUGUAAUAUUUACAUAUCAAGCAAUCGAUACUGAUACGAGGCUAAGUCAAUGUAAAGCUCUGUCAUUGUAACGUGGAUUCAUGUAUUAAAUGGUUUCAUUCCUUGACCAGUGUCUCUGCGAGCUGUGAACGUCGCCAUGAUGUGGAUAACGUAUAGAACCUGGCCUUACCGUUCUGACGUUAACGCUGGGAAAUUCUGACUUUAAGACAUAGUAAGAGUAACAGUGGCUACGUUUGAACCUUUGUGUACCUGAGGUCACCACAGACUAACCCAGACGACUGCGCUCUACCACAUCAAAUAUC